AUCGAAACAAAAAUUUACAAAAAAAAAAUGAAACACAAAAAAUACAUAAAAUUUAUCGGAGGCGAUGCCACGCGUCAAACGAACGCGCGAAACACCAAUUACGCGACAUCAAACACAAUAAUUAGCUCAAUUUGGCUCUUUAUCCUGCUAAUUAUUCUCGUGGCAACGCAGUACGGCAAUGUUCGUGGCAGCGAAUUUCCGGAUCGUGAGUGUUGCGAUCCGCCGCCCAACAUGAAUGGCAACGGCAUCAACGAGAACAACAACAUUAACAUUCACAACUCGGAUGACGAUGUCAUUUUUAACAACAACAUCAAUCCCGAACUGAUUGACGAGAUUCCGACGAUUACGACGUCGUUGCAGGGCGGCAUUGGAUCUACCAAUAUUCCGCAGAUUGGGCGCUCAGGCCAGAACAUUAAGACUGCUAUUGCAAUACUGAAUUGCAUUUUGGCGCGACAAUUGUGCUUCGAAGAUCCUUCGUGCUCAGCCAUUUUGGAAAUUAUUCCGAGAGUUUGUGGGCCAGUGCCGGUUGCGUGCAGCACGGUCACUGUAACAAAAUGUCAAGCAGCAUUGAGGACCCUUCAGGCAUUUCCAUUCUUUCGUCCUACGUGCUUGUGCAAAGAGCCUGGAGCGGAUCCAGACUGCAACUACUUUAGAGACUUUUUAUUUGAUCAUCCAUGCGGAUUUGUGUUAAAAAAAGAAAAAGAUCCAUAUCCAAUUGAUGCCUUACCGACAUGCAAUCACGCAUUAUCUGUAUGCCAACAAGAGCGCAAAUGCAUCAAAUUAUUCGAAGACUUUAAACUGCAUUGUAAAGUUAGGGAUAAUAAAUGUAAAAUGGAAGACAAAAAUUUGUGCCAUGAAGCAUGGACAAAUUUACGUAUGUCGCCAAUGUUCGGAUGUAUUUGUCCGAACAAUCAUAUGAAAAAGAGAUGUGAUAAAAUAUUUAGUGUUGUUAAUCAUAAUCCGUGUGUUGUAGGGGGAUAUGAUGAUAUUGAUGAUCCAGACAAGGAUAUUAUUGAUAUUAUUAACUUUCAAAGUACCUGCCAGAUAGCAUUAGAUGCCUGUAGACGAGAUUCAACGUGCUACUCGACAUUGCAGCCGAUGCUUAUGCAUUGCGAUGUGAAUAACUGCAAUCGCCCUGUUUGCAUGGAAACAAUUCAAACAUUUUACAGCCAAGCUCAUGUUAACCUAACAUCUGACGUGGCAUUUUGUCUAUGCAGAAAGACUGAUAAUCGACAUGAUACAUGUAAACUUGCUCAAGAAAAAUUACAUCCAAAUUGUGCCGAACGCCCCGACGAGGAUAUGAGUAAGCCAGCAGCUGCAAAUGGAAUUGGUUAUUCGCAACCGCAAGCGUGCCAUAUCGUAGCUGAAGCGUGCAGAGACGAUCCGAGUUGCAGGGAUAAACUAGAGCACUAUGAGCAAUCAUGUGCGGUAGAUAGCGUAACUAAAAAAUGUGCGGGCAAGACGUCGCAUUGUCGCAAAGCACUGAUCGGCAUACUUGGGACUCCGUUGCGCACGUCAUGCGCUUGUCAGGGCACGGAUUUGUCACAGUUGUACGAUUGUCUUGGAUGGCAGCGACUUCUUUGGUUGAAUCCGUGUGUUGUCGAAGCUCAAAAGGAAUAUCACGUGCAACGAUUGACGGAAAUGGGACUUUUGAUCACAACUACGACGCCACGUUUCACGACGACGACUACUACGACAACUACUACUACACGAGCGCCCCCUAUCCGAAAAACGACGCCAAAAACGACAACUACAACUACUACGAUGGCGCCUCGAACGUACAUUCAACACAAACCGUCGUCGUCGUCGCAGCAGCCAUCUUCAACGACAACACACAAACAUUCACCAACUUACCCAAUCGACUCAAAUUCCAUCGAUUUCACGAAAGAACAUCCCGAUGACGGAUCAAUUCUCGAUUACGGUACGGCAGUUGAUCCGCCCGCCAUUUUCGCCUCAGAAACCCCAAUGCCUGUGCUCGGAGGCGAGGAAAAUGGCGAAUUGCACGUGCUGACAUCCACAUUCCUGCCAACGACGACAACUGUCGAGACAACAACAAAACCACCAAAGUAUUGUAUGGUGCAGCGCCCUCAUCAGCCAGACCAAAAAAUAGAGGAAGGAAAAAGUCGCAGGCUCUACCUCGCCGAAGAUCCCGAAUGCAGCGAAUUAUGUACAUGUAGUGAAUCAUUAACUGUCUCGUGUCACGCUUUAUGUGUACCAUUAGCACCCUGUCGUACCGCACUCGCUUAUUACAGUCAUGCAGCGCCCGCAUAUCAAGCGUAUCGGGGCCGUUGUUUAUGCUAUUCAGGACGGUUUAUUUGUAUGAGACCGCCUCCGGGGGAAUAUGCGCUUCCAAAUGGAGUAUUUUUACUAUUGGGCUAUAGUUCAACUGACGAGCAACUGUUAAGACCGCACACAAACUUAGGUGUUCAAGAUGCUGUUAGAGCAUUGCAACAAUACGUAAUUAAACAUGUGGAUAAUCAGACGUCGUGCACUCUCACGUUGUACAACAUGACAGAUGAGAAUAUCAUUUUGUCGGUGAGACUGCCGCACGAUUCCAAAGCCAAUGCAUUGAGUUUGCUGAAACAAGAAAAGACCCAAUGUAAGCCAAUCAUGGAAACCGUUAGUCAUCACAUAAACUCACAAUUUAUCGAACUGUCCGCCCACCGUUUACUAAGCAUAUUUAAAAUGGCCGAGGUUCAGGUAAUUAUGCAGACACUAAAUACCGCAGCAAGUAGCAUACACCAAAGUAGCACGUCAAUCAUGAUCAUGUUAUUUUUAUCAAUAUGUCCGAUUGUGAGAUGGUUAACGGGCAGCAGGGGCGUUUCAUUGGCGUGA